UUUCUUUCUUCACAGAAUAAACACAGGUUUUUUCAAGGAGAGAUCGCAGAAAGAACAUCAUCAUGGCAUUUGGUAGAGCACCAAAAAUUAUUUCAGAAAUGAAAGAAUUUAUCCAAGAUCUGAAAAGAAAUUAUGAAGACACUCAACUGCCUGUUACAGAUGACAGUGUUCCUCUUCACAAGCUAUGUGCAAAGUUAGAAUACAUGCUGCAGAUCGACAUGAAGCCUUCAGCAAGGUCUGGAAUGUUUGCAGGCAAGAAAGACUAUUGGGAUUAUAUUUAUCAGUGCCUUUAUAAGGUCAAAGGACUUGAUGAUGGAAUAAGAUUUGUCAGAGCUAAAAGUGAGGUCAAAACAUCUCUGGGACGUGGGAGGGCAUUUAUCCGUUACAGCCUUGCCCAUCAUAGACUUGGGGAUAGUCUUCAGCAGUGCUUUAAUAAUCAGAAAAUUACAAGCUCUUGGUACAAUCCAAAUUCAUUACUACUCAACCCCAGCCUCUAUGGCCCGUUGGUUAAUGACCUGUAUGACCUCAAUGACCUACAAUUUGACCUAGCUCCAUCAGGUCAUGACCUUGAUGCUGCGUGGCCAACCCAUUCACGUCAUGUAAUGGGUCCAUCACCAGGGAUGUACAGUUCAUGGCAGCCACCAAGUAGGACAGAGAGUCUCAGCAGCUUAAGCUCACAGCCUAGUACACUAGAUGGCUACCCUAGCCCUACUGCAGAGUCUCAUCCAAUCAUAGGAGAGGAAAGAGCAUUACAUCAAGCACAGACAGAGUUAGAAGAAUGUGAACAGGUCAAUCGUGAAUUACGCAAACGCAUCAUACAGCUAGAGAGUGAUAAUGAUGAUAUACAUCGUCUUGCCAUGGAAACCGAAGAACGAUUGAGUAGCAUGCAGUCAGAUUUGGAGAGAAAGGUUCAACAGCUGCAAUAUGAGCUAGAGAAAUCUUCCAAAGAGUCACUAGAUAUUACUGAGAAAAUGAACAGAUCUGAAGAGAAUUGGAGAAAAAAGAUAGAAGAUGCUGAGAAGGUGAACAGUGAUUUGUGCAGCAGGCUAGAAGCUACAAACCUUCAGCAUGCCAGCCAAGCCAAGCUAUGGCAGGAAGCUGAGCGUGAUCACCAAACCAAGUUGAUUGAGGCAGAGAGAUCUUUAGUUGAGGUCAGGGUUGAACUCACUGGGGUCAAAGGCGAACUAGAUACAAUAAAAGGAAUGGAAAUAAGGAAAGAUAAAACCAUCCAUAGUCUUGAAGAGAGAGUUGUUGGCAUGGAGACUAAGAAUGCAGAACUUUUGAAGAAGAUGGAAGGGAUGGUGGACAGUAAAGAUGCAGAGGUGGCAAACCAUCUACAGUCUGCAAACAAAGUUCAUGAACUCUUGGACAAGCUGUCUGAAGCAGAGAGCAAGAACUUAGAACUACGUGGAGAGAAAGAUGCCCUCAGUCGCCAGAUUGAACUUUUGGAAGACAAUCACAGCUCUCAAGAAAAGGAUAUUAUUGCCAAAGUGGCAGAUCUUGAGAUGAUUGUCUCAAAGAAAGAAAGCGAGAAUAAAAUAAUGAGUGAGAACAUUGCAGCUCAAGAUGUGAAACAUGACUGUGUGGUUCAGGAACUUCAGGCAAUGGUUAGUGCUCUCAAAGAAGACAAAGAAAAAUUACAAUGUGAUUUAAAUGGGCACUUGCAGAAGUUUGAGAAUUCAAGUAAAUCAUUGGAAUCAGUGCAAAAUGAAAAUAUGCAGUCAAAGACAGCCAUAGCCAGUAUGCAGCAAAAGAUGGUUGAACUUCAAAAAGACACUGAGAGGUUAAGAAAGGAACUUCAUGCAGCUGGAGUGAAGAAUGAAGAAUUUAAGGCACGCAUAAAACAUACUGAGGGAGUCUGUCAAGAAAGGCAAAAAGAAAUUGAUGAUUUGGAUAAAGAAAUUAAAGAGCAAGUAUCCAAAAACACAGAGAUUAAUGGACUUCUUGAGAGUGAGAGAGGAAGAACUUCCAAUCUUGGAACACAAUGCAGAGACAACCAAAACAAAGUGAUUGAGAUGGAAAAAGAGAAAAGUAAGCUAAUGCAACAAUUUAAAAUUGUAAAGAAUAUGCUUUCAAUGGGAGAAGAAGCAAGUAUUGAAAGAGAGUCUUUGCAGGGGAGCAAUGAUGAACCUGAUAGUGCUGAUGCAAGAGGAACUUUGAUUACUCAGCAUUUAUCAAGGAUGGUUUUAGAGAAGGACAAUGCUUUACAAUUAGUGAAAGAACUGCAGGUUGAAAAUCAAAGCCUAUCAAAAAAAGUUGAGAUGUUGACUGAAAAAACUGUGCAUGAUUCUGAGGAUGUCAGUAAAAAAGCAGAUCUAGUCAUUAAGACUGAGAAAGAGAUUGGUGAUCUUCAACUAAAACUAGACACCAUGGGAAAAAUGCUAGAAAGCAAGGAGAAAAAUUUGCAAACCCAAAGCAUUGAGAGGCAGAGGAUUGAAGGCCAACUUCAAGAAGCAAUGAAUGAGAAGGAGAAAUUGGAGAUGGACAUAGUAAGGUUACGUCUCGCGAUCGACAGCAAGGACAAGGAGCGAGAUGCAUUGAUCAUGGAUAAGACAACACUAGAAUUGGCUAGAGAUGGUUUGGAGAAAGAUCAAGAUAUUAGCAAACAAGAAAAAGAUGGAAUGGAUAAGAAAUUAGGAGAACAAGUAGAGGUGAUCUCCAAGUUGAUGGCAGAUAUUGAGCUUUUGAAAGCGCAGAAGCAGGAGGCGGAGGAAGGAAGGGAUAGUGUCCUAAAGCAACUGGAUAGGGAGAGACUGACCACAAGGGAACUUGAAGACACAGUAGAGGAUCUCAAGAGACUUCAAGAGGAAACGGUUUCAUUAGAACAGGUUUAUGAGGAGCGAAAGACAAAGAUGAUGCAGGAGCAUGCUGACAAAGUAGAGUUCUUGACUGAACAGUUCCAACUUUUAAAAGAGGAACAAGAAAAGACAAGCGGAGAACGACUUCACUAUCAGGAGCAAUCAGAAGAUUUUAGCAAGGAGUUAGAUCAGGUCAAAGAAAGAUGUGAAAUCUUAGAGACUGAAAAUAAAGCUGUUAGAGACAAAAACAAUGACCUCAACAUGGAGAUCCUGCGUAUGCAGGAGGAGGUAGAACUAUCCAAAACAGAACGUAAUGAGAUCACAGAUAAGUUAGAGCAGGUUAGCACUGAGACCUCCAAGAGCUUACAGGAAACCAAGCUAGAGAUGGAACGGCUACAGGGAAAGGUGGAGGAGGAGAAAGAAAGAUCUAGGAGAAUCAAGGAGUUAGAAGAAAUCCUGGAGAAGGAGAAGGAGAAAGGACAGUCUGCUGAAGCAAAGGCUCAAGAAGCAGAGGAAGAGACACAUAGGGUACAGAGUACAUUGAAAGAGGAGAUCUCAGCUCUCAAGUUUCAGCUUAGCUCUGAAGCCAUGCAAUAUCAACAAACACUUCAGGGAUACCAUGAACAAGAAAGUGAUCUUGAGAGCUUGAAGAUUCAGAAUAAUGAACAACAACAAACGAUCCAAGAACUCAGUAAUGAAAUAGAGACUGUCAAGAAACAAAGCAAUCAAGAUAAAAUUAACUUUCAAAAGAAGCUCUCAGAACAGGAAAAUGAAGUUGCAAGGCAAGAGCAGCAGAUCACCAUUCACGAAGCCAGUGUUGAAGAGUUAUCAAGAUGCCUUGAAGAAGAAAAAAGAAAAAGUGUUUCAUUACAGUCAGAGGUGACGGAACUACGGAAUGAAAGCGGAAACCGAGUGACCAGUCUAGAGAAAGAACUUGCUUUGGCUCAAGAUGACAAUGAACAAUUAAAGAAACAGCUUGUGAAACUUAUCAAGGAAAAGGACACUUUGUGGAAAAGGACAGAGAAAUUGGAGUACCAUAGGAAAAUGAAAGCAUCUGAAAGAUGGCUAGACGAUAAACAGGUGACUCAGUGCAUGUCCUGUACGUGUGAGUUUAGUCUGACUGUUAGGAAACAUCACUGUCGUCUCUGUGGAAGAAUAUUUUGUGCAAAAUGUACAGACUUCUUUGUACUGACCUCCCAUAGCAAGAAGAAGAGCCGAGUGUGUGAGCAGUGUUACGUAGGUCACCAGCAUUCCCUGGAGGCUGCUAGUGUUAAUACAUCUAUCAUAUCAACCAACUCUCAUGAUGAUAGCCUAGAUGAUGGUCAUCCUUCCAAUCAGAGUACAAGAGACAUGCCUGGUGGGUCAAGCUCUGUCGCUAGUGAUGAAGGAUUGUCAGAUGUGAUGUCAGAGAGUGUAAACAGUGAGCCUGUCACCAUGGAUGAUGUUGAUGAAUCACUAAGGAUUGUGGGAAUGGAUGCAAUAGCCCAAGGUGACCCUAAACAUAGGUUAAAUCGAGAAGACGUGGUACCUUCUCCAACCCUCACCUCUGAGAAUACUGCAUCAGAACCUGACUUUGAUAUCAUUGGUGAAGAUGAGGUAUCUGCUGCUAGACAAGAUGAAAGAGACCUAGAGGAGAAUGAGAGGAAAUCCAAACCUGAUGAAAAUAACAGAACUGAUGGUCAAUUGCUGAGUGCAGAUGAGCUAGAAGGAGAAGGGUUAACUGGGGAAGAAGUAACUAUAGCUGCUUAUCAGAAGCAUCAUCUACCUGUAGCUAUCAAUGAUGUGGGUCUCAUGCUAUGCUGGGAGUUUGUUUCAUCCCCAAAGAGUAUUGGUUUCUCAGUAGUAUUUCAAGACUCUUCAGAUACUACCUCACCUCAAGAAGAGUUAAUACCUCUUUGUAAAUGUAACUCACAUCAGCAUGCUGUCCAGGGAGAACUCUUAGCUAGGAAACCUGGAACAUAUACCCUUAUCUUUGAUAACAAAUUUUCAAGGUUUACAAGCAAAACAGUGAAGUACAGUCUGACUAUCAAAAGGCCUGAAGCAGCAUACUGAUAACCAAUGCUCCAUUUUGAUGCAGUAAAGUGCAAAUUUAAUCUUUUUCCAUUCCAUUUUUUCAAUAGAAAUCAUGAUAAUGAAAUGUAUUGUAAAAGUUCCAGCUUUUUACCAUUCUCUUCUAUUUCCAAUCACUUACCAUGUAAUGAAACCAUUUACCAUAAUAAUUGUCUACAUUUUGGUUUAUCUAAACCUCAUUAUAUUUUUGUUCUAAUUUUCCUAAAUUCUCCUUUGUUAGUAAUGCCUUAGAAUGAAUUAUUCAUUCAGCGGUGGCACCAGGACUUUUAAAAUAGGGGCAGAGAUGGACAAAUAAUUUCUAUGCAUUUUCACAAGAUCAAGUGUGAAGCUUUUAUAGUGACCUGGGUGCAGACAAUCACAUUUGCAUCCCUGGUUGGAUCCAGGGGCAGAGCCCAGGAUUAACAGAGAUAGAUAUGUAAGUCUUCCUGUUAUAGUUUAUAAAAGAGGAUUUACAAAUACCAGGUAAUGCUUCAUAUCUUAAAGGUAGCCUAUCUUUUUCGAAAUCACAUCAUGAACUCAUCCCUUGUAUAAUCUUAAUCUUUAAGGCAUAGACCUAAUUCUUCUGUCACAUAAAGUGUAUUUCUCUUCAAAAAUACAUCAGAGUAAAAUGCAAACAGCAAUACCAUUAUAUGCAAGAAUAAAUGUUGACAAAAAUAUACAAAAUAAAACUUUCAUUAUCCUGACAUUUUUCACCUAUCUACAUGCGUAUAUCUAUAUACACGUACAUUCCUGACAUCUGUAGGCUUACUUUCACUCCUACUUACCGGUAGAUGCGAUUCUUGUCUUUGGAUACUUGAUGAUGAACAUAUCCACUACAUUCUCGCAAGUCAAUUGCAAGUGCUCUAACCCUGUGACUUCUGAUGACUGUACAGCCUUUCAGCCUCUGGUUUGACAUCCUGGCUUUAAGAUGAUUUUUGCUGAAGGUGGGUUCAUAAGCAGAUGUACUAACUGGGAUGACGGCAGCUAAUUUGAGUCUGUAAUGAACUGAAAGAUGCUUGAUGGUUUUAAGACAUUUCUGGAACUUGGGAUCAUGAGCUUCUAGUGAACAAAAGAUCUUCAUAUUUUUGUAACUAAAUCUUCUGUUUAAUUCCCCUCAGCACAUCUACUGUAGGAUUGAGUAUUACAAUCUUAAUGCUUGCUGCAUCAGACACCGGUUCACACUUUUUACGUUUAGAUAUAACAAAAAAGUCAUCCAUUGUGGAUGGUGCAUUGGUUUGCCUGCGUUUAUUGCUGUUGUAUUUCAGUCCAUUUUCCUUUGCUACUGUAAGUAAUUUUCUGAAGAAGUUAAAAGCUUUGGUAUCUGAUCUGAAAGUAUUAAAGUCUUCUUGUUAUGACUUAAUCAGAUCUGCUGCAUAUUGAUAAUCCGAAUUGACACUCUGCUUUUUAUCUGAUGCAAACUUGGCAGAGCUUUUUUUUAUCUCAAAAUAGUUCUGUGUCUUGUUUGAGAAUAUAACCUUGUUGAUGCAGCCUAUUUCUUUGGUGAAAGAAUGAUGUAGAUAAAAUGUUAUAAAAACAGGUAUUCAGGAAAUAGGAGUUGUGUCCCCUCAUACCUUCAAGAAAUUAACUUCAGUUGCUUUUCUACGAGGGAGAGGAGCUCUAGUGCAAGAUGAUAUGUUUAUUUUGGUUAUGGUAAAACUUAGCAUUGUAAAGCAGUUCUAAGCGUAUAAUGUGAUAUACACUUAAAGUCAUACAAGUCAAGUCAUUAACCAUGUAGACUUAUGUUAGUGACUAAAAGCAUAAUAAUAAUAAUAACGGCAUAUUUACCCAGGAUACCCACUUCAGUUCCGAAAACUGUUCUCACAGCGGGCCCUGCUAUUAUUAUUAUCCCGGCUUUAGCACGGCUACCUUGAUCAGGCGCUCGAGCAUUCAAGGAAGUUUUGAAAAGUCUACAAAAAAUUGUUUCAAAUUAUGAUAUCUAUAUUUUGAUGUUAAUAGAUGCUCUGAAGUCUUAUCUUUGAAAUCCCAUUAAAAAAAAAAAAAUUCGUUCAUGCUUGAGCGAACACGGGACGUUUUUGUCGGGG